GACGACUGUCUCUCUUCUCGAUCAUAAUCUUCGUGCUUUAUCACAUUAUUGCAUCUUGACCACUCUGAUCGGCGUCACCCCAGCGCAUCUCGCAGCUAUCAACCGGCGAGUGACUGUCCUCCGCCGGAUGACUGUCCCUUCCCAGCGUACGUAGGCGUGGUCGAAGAGGUUAUUGAUAGCAUUUUCAGGGGUAUACAUAUGUCUAGCUUUAACGAGCCGUAGGCAUCUGGUUACCAGCGACCAUGAACUUACAGGCCCAUACGGAGAACAUUGCAAUUGGCCGCGAAGGGGAUAGGGCAAAAUGAAAGGCUUCGGACCACACCAAUAGCUAGCAUAUUAUCUAGCUGUUCCGGAUUUCAUUUCCUUCUGCAUACUCUCAUACUUCAUUCUCGGAACUGGUGCUAUUUUGCCUGCUUUAACAGAUGCCAGAUAUUGUGAUGACUAUGCCGAAUCGAUCUCACGAUGGACAGGCUGAGGACUAGAGCUCGAUGGUUCUCUGAAUACAAGCAGCGUAGCAUCGUUUUGUUGUGAAGAGGGCGGAGUGUACCUUGAACUCUUAGGCUGAGUGAAAGGGGCAGUUGAACGUACGAAGCCGCCGCCAUUGAUUUCCAGUAAACCCUUGCCGAGUUCUGGUGACGUUGAGCCAGAUGUGCCUAUCAUGCAAUUCUUUUCCAAAUGAAAUUUAUUGCAUAACAUGGGUAGCGCAGUGCUAUUCGACGGACCUUUCCUCUUCACAAGGAUUUGUAUAUUAUUCCAUACCCGCUUUUUUAGGCAUGGUCCGGGCUCAUACGUGGUGCCUCUCGCCGUCUACGCCCGGCGGUUUUUGAUAUCCGCUGUAGUCAGAUAUAUGUGUGGCUACAUUAACUAAUUCGACGUCGGUAAGAGGAGUUAACGUUUGGGCAUCGACGACGGAACCAAUAUGUGUCUGCGAUAUUUUUUGUUUCUUUGUGGCCAAACGCUUGACCGAGACAAAGGACCAUCCUGACCAAAUCUGACCAAAGUGUCCAGCGAGUGUGGCCGGCGGUGUUUCUCCUUAAUUAUAAAUACUCGCCGCCCUCAUAGCCCUUUGUCUCCCAAACUACGAUAUCUCUUACUUUUAGUUUAUGUAUACAAAUAUGUCAACCCUUCGGCGAGCUGGAACUUCGUAUACUCCUUGCAGUACCCCAUCCUCGAGCGUCAGGCACGUCUCCCAGAGGAAUCAAAUCCAUAACCGUCACCCUAUCAACAAGCUUCCAGCAGAGCUUCUCAUGGAAGUCUUCUGUCAUUAUAUUGCGAUCUGCAAAGCACAGUGUGAAUACAGUGAAGACUCAAAUCCCUACUCCUGGGUUGGCAUCACCCAUGUUUGCCGACACUGGCGUCAAGCUGCUCUUGCCUAUCCACUUCUUUGGAGUACGAUCGUCCCCUGUGCCCCUCAAGGUAGGUUCAUGACCAUUUUGAAGCGGACACAAGAUGUCCCGCUGUUCGUCGAGUGCCGAAAGAACGUGCGGUUUGAUUAUCCGGCCGCGAUGGAGAUUUUGAAGGUCUCCAACCGUAUCAAGAGUCUUGCGCUAUUCGGGGAUUCGGCCGGGGCAUUCUGGCGUAUGGUUGAACAAAACCCACGCAUUCAGAACAUGAACGCUCUCCACUCUCUUCACUUUGAUGCGUUCAGGCCUGAGAAUAUGAACACUCUCCUCCGACCCACUCUUUCUCGUCUCUCCUUAACCCUGAGCUCUCAAACAACACUCAUUGAACUCCUAUGUCUUCUCUCCACGGUACCUUCUUUGACAAUUCUCAAACUGAGAGUACCUGAUUUCCGCCUCAUUCGCGUACCUUCCGACAUUCGCGUAGUCAUUCUCAAGAAGCUCAUUCUGGUCUGGCUUUCUGGCGCGGUAGACGACUGCAGGGUCUUACUGGAUUGUCUGCGGCCAUCGCGUCAAGUUUCUCUCGUUCUGGAUUCGUUUUGGCCAUCGUCAAAUCAGCUCUUGACGGUCUGGAAUGCGAACGCGCUCAUCGAUUCCAUCCGUUUGAAACUCUACCCUACUGCUGAACAAGGACCUCCCGAUCCCAUGACGACCUUUUCCAUUCACUAUGGCAUGCAUCACGUUUGUCUCCGAGGAUGGACAACAUUGUUGUCUGCCGAGAAGCUCAUGAGUGAUUUUCACCCUGAUACACCCAUGGUCACUUUCAGAGUACGCACUGUCCCCGCUGAAAUUGAAGACUGGGUGCAAGAGAUGUGGAAACAGCUACGGCUCUCUGGGCUCAAGACCCUUCAUAUAUCUAGGAACUCGGACGUAGACAAUGCGGACAUUUGGGCUUGUCUCAGGGCAUCGAUUCGGCGUACCUUUGGUCAAUGUAAACAACUCACUACGCUAGCCGUACGUGGGUUCAGACAACACGAACUUGCCUCAUUACUGGAGCCUGUACACACCGAACCUAACGGAGAUUCCAAGAGCUUGAGGGUCACUGGUUUGGUAUUCCCUGCCUUGACAGAUGUUUAUGCUCGGGGCAUUGUUUGGCCGACCCUUGGUCGGGAGGUCCCUCGGAUAGAACGUAAUCUCCUGACAGCCAUUCACAGGCGCAUCAAAUUCAAUAUACGCCUGGAAAGGAUGACUCUUCAUUUGCGGACUUUGACGAAUGUUGCUUCUGUAAUGCAAUGAUAUAAUGAUAUCUACGCUAAUGAUAAUAUCCUUCUUUAUUCGUCC